AUCUACAUUGAGAACAUUAAUGAAGAUAAUACAAUCGAAUUAUGAUCAAAGUUUCAUAAUAAAUAUCUUAAGUAUCUUCAAAGAUAUAAAUUCUCCAUUCCGAUGCCGAAUCUAAGUCGGAAUCACAAACGUUUUUUUUAAAUUUUAUCGUUCAGACAAUUACUAUGAAUGAAACUAUCUUCACAAUCACGUGAUCGCGAUGUGCGCGUAACGGGUCGAUAUUGAUCUGCGAUCGCGAAGAAAUUCGGCGAAGCGCGAUUCCCUCUCGCAUCUCGGCUCGCUAUCAAGCCGUCGAUCUGAGAUCGUUGACGAAUCGCCUGACGGGCGUAAACGUCUUGGAAACGAUAAGAGAAGGCGACUUUUGGCCGAUGGUGGCGGUAGCACUUACUGUUUGUUACUGGCGGAAAGAGAGCGAUCGGCAGCGUGGUGUAUCGACGAGAGCGCAGUGUCGUCCGAUACGCCGUCGCCGUAUCGUCGUCGCUUUCUCGAUCGCGCGACCGCGAGAUCGCGAUCGAGGGAUCGAGGAGAGAUCGGGGAUCUCUCCGCGCCGCGAAUCGAAUGUCGAAUUCGGCGCGAUGCACGGGAAUCCCCUGAUUCCCUUCGAUUACUUCUGAGAGUCCGCACCUCGGUAAUUAAUUCGGCAAUUAAUUCGGCUUUCUCGAUUUCGAAACACGAGAAGUAACGUAACACGGACGUAACGUGGACGGAGAUUCGGUUGUCUUAAUACGAGGUAGAGGUAGAUCGUGAGAUCGACAACUUUGUGUGUAUCCCGAAUUUUGGCGAGUUGAUGGGAAAUAGAUAUUCUUGUGGGAUCUUAGUGUAAUUUUUUUUUUUUUUUACCAAAUACCCCCACCGGGGGUCUCGUAGAAUCUGACUAAGUGGUCUCUCGCAGUCUACAGUGAGAAGUUGCAAAACUGCAGCUCCUCGAGACAGUGUGUACAUCUAUCUCGCGAGAGAAAAGAGAAAGACUUGCCGAAGACUACCGAGAAAAGUCACGAGCGAGUUUACUGUUAAUCUUCGCACGACGCCAAGAUGGAUGUUACGGCGAACGGUACCAGGGCCAACGGUAUUUUACAUUUGAAAAAUGGCGUGGAUUACGUCAAUCCCGGCGAGGAGGACCAGAUGGAAAUUUACGGAUACAGGCGGAACCACGCGUGGACGAUUAUUAUCUGGUUCCUGAUCGUCAUUACCGGAGGCCUCCUGAGGCUGGUCUUCCACUGGGUGCCGUAUCUCAUGCUCCUAGCCACCCAUACGAAAUGCUCGUUGGAAGAGGCGGAAACCGUUUUGCUGAUUGAGAAAUUUCAGGGAAAACACACGAGUUAUCAUGUGAAGAAGCUGAGAAUCUUGACCGCUCAGGAAAUUAUUAACAAAUCUUUCCACGAAGAAUCUCUGAUUGAUGAAGCAUGGGACGGUAGUGUGAUAACCACCAAGGAAGAGAAGGAAACCUAUCCGAUGUUAUCCAUACAUCUUUGCGGGGGUCAAUUCAAACAGGUGCCAUCCAUAACGAUUUUCAAUUGCAAGAAGCUGACUUACGUUUGGGAUCCGGAGAGAUCGGAAUUUCUGAAACUGCGCGGCCUCGACACCGACGUUCUGAUGUCCACGUUACAUCAGGCACAAGGUCUCAGUUCUCAGGAACAGUACAUGAGGCGCACCGUUUACGGCAACAACGAGAUUGUGAUUCCCGUGAAGAGAGUACUGACAUUGCUCUGCCUCGAAGUGCUCAAUCCAUUCUACGUCUUCCAAUUAUUUAGUUUUUGUCUGUGGAUCGCGGACGACUAUUAUUACUAUGCCAUGGUCAUUCUCGCGAUGUCAAGCGCCGGCAUUAUAAUGGCAGUCUUCCAGACACGACGAAAUCAACAGAAUUUGCGUUCGACGGUGCAUUCGUCUGACGUCGCCACGGUUAUGCGGGAUCGCACGACCGGCCAAACCGCGGUCGUGCCGGCCGCGCUGGUGCCCGGCGACGUCUUGGUCAUUCCAUCUCAUGGAUGCCUGAUGCCGUGCGACGCCGUGCUACUAACCGGCAAUUGCAUCCUCAACGAGUCCAUGCUGACGGGAGAAUCCGUACCGGUCACGAAGACGCCAGUCCCUUCCUCCAACGAUGUGAUAUAUAAUACCAAAGAACACGCCAGGCACACGCUUUUCUGCGGUACCAGGGUUAUUCAGACGAGAUACUACGGCAGUGAGAAGGUAUUGGCAGUGGUCAUUAGAACGGGUUUCAAUACCAGCAAAGGCGGCCUUGUGCGGUCCAUCAUGUAUCCCCCGCCCGUGGAUUUCAAGUUUGAGCAGGACUCAUACAAGUUUGUCAUAAUGUUAGCGUGCAUAGCCAGCAUCGGCGUCAUUUACACUAUCGUGACGAAAAUGAUGAGAGGCGUGCACGGCAGUCACAUCACUCUAGAGGCUUUAGAUCUCUUCACCAUCGUGGUGCCGCCCGCGUUGCCGGCUGCCAUGACCGUCGGACGUCUCGUGGCACAACGUAGAUUAGAAAAAAAGAAGAUAUACUGCACGAGCCCAAGAACGAUUAACGUGUCAGGAUCCAUCGAUUGCAUUUGUUUCGACAAGACUGGAACGUUGACCGAGGACGGUCUGGAUAUGUGGGGAGUGGUGAGCGUAUCGGAAGGGAAAUUCCAGUUGCCAGUCAAGGACAUUGCUAGCUUGCCGCUAUCCGAGAUCCUUAUUGGCAUGGUCACGUGUCACGGGAUCACCAUUAUCGACAACCAACUAGUGGGAGAUCCGCUUGACUUGAAGAUGUUCGAAUCCACCGGAUGGACGCUGGAGGAACCCGACGUGUCCGAUACAUCCAAGUUCUCCAUGCUGUUCCCGACGAUCGUCAGGCCGGCAAAAGACUCGAAGCUUCUGAAGAGACUGCCCAACGAUCUAAGCGGUACGCUCAGUCGACAAAACUCCAUGUCUUCCGACAUAAUGGAUGGUAUAUCUCUUAAUAAUCUUCAUGAUGCCGCAUUCGGCGAUUCCACGACGGAAUUAGGUGAGCAAGGGCUGGAAGUAGGCAUUGUCCGACAGUUUCCCUUUACGUCGAGCCUCCAGAGGAUGAGCGUCAUCACCAGAACGUUGGGCGCCAAUCACUAUGAUCUCUAUUGCAAGGGUAGUCCGGAGAUGAUCCUCAGUCUUUCAAAAGCAGAAUCCAUACCUCCAGAUUUCGCGGCCGUUCUUCAGGAAUAUACAUCCGAAGGGUAUCGAGUGAUCGCUCUCGCGCACAAAUCCCUCAACCGUCUUCCGUACGCCAAGGUGCAACGCAUAAAUCGCGAAGUCGCCGAAACUGAUUUAACAUUCUUGGCACUUAUAGUUAUGGAAAACCGACUGAAACCCGAAACGUUGCCGGUGAUCGCCGAGCUGAACACCGCUUGCAUCAAAACGGUGAUGGUGACGGGUGACAAUAUAUUAACCGCUCUCUCAGUAGCCAGGGAUUGCGACAUCGUGAAGCCCGGCACGCCGGUAAUCGCCGUCUCGACGACCCAGCAAAGUCAGUUGAAACCGCUGAUCUACUUCACGAAAAGCGAUAGUCAGCCAUCACCGACUUCACCAAACGGUCAACCCGAUCUAACCGAGAUGACCGAUCUGAAUAGCGUGGUUAGCUUAGAAACCGUUGAGAGUGGCUCCUUUGGCAAUACCAAGUUGGAGAACGAUAUCAAUUAUUUAUCGGACGAUGUGCAAUAUUCCAAAAACAAAUACGUGUUUGCUUUGACGGGAAAGACGUGGGCAUUGAUGAAGCAGUAUUAUCCAGAAUUAAUACCUAAGGUGGUCACCCGCGGUGCGAUUUUCGCAAGAAUGUCGCCCGACCAGAAGCAGCAGUUAGUCCAAGAACUGCAAUCUUUAGGAUACUACGUUGCCAUGGUGGGAGAUGGCGCCAACGAUUGCGGGGCUUUGAAGGCGGCGCACACCGGGAUAUCCUUAUCGGACACGGAAUCUUCCGUCGCCUCUCCCUUCACCAGUCGUGAGACCAACAUCUCCUGCGUCCUGACGGUGAUACGCGAAGGUCGCGCCGCACUGGUGACUUCUUUCGGUAUAUUCAAAUACAUGGCCGGCUAUUCGCUCACGCAAUUCAUCUCGGUGAUGCUCCUCUACAGCAUUGAAUCCAAUUUGACGGACAUCGAGUUUCUGUACAUCGAUCUCUUCAUCAUUUCCAUAUUCGCUUUCUUCUUCGGCCGCACCGAGGCUUACGAGGGUCCGCGUAAAAUGGCGCCGCUCAAUAGCCUCAUCAGCACGUCACCGAUACUGAGCUUGAUCACUCAACUUUCGAUCGUUGCGAUCUUUCAGUACACAAGUCUCUGGCACCUGCGUCAGAUGCCCUGGUUCAAGCCGUUUAACGCGACCGAAAAUAAGGAUGACGUGGGCUGCCUGGAGAAUUACACGGUCUUCAUCGUUAGUUCCAUGCAGUACAUCAUUCUGGCGGUAGCGUUCUCCAAAGGGCCGCCAUACAGAAAAUCCCUCUUUACCAAUUACGGCCUACUCACCUCCUUUGUGUUCCUUAGCUGUUUCUCAAUCUAUCUCGCAAUAUGCCCCUUCGAAUGGCUGGCCAAGUGGUUCGAGCUCGUGCUGCCGAACGAUCUGGGUUUCCGCUUCAUCCUGGUUGGCUACGGCAUGAUGAAUUUCGUAAUCGCGCUGCUGGUCGAAUACCUCUUUGUCGAGUACCUCGUGUUCAGCAAGCUGCGCUACCGUUGGCACGACGUGGAUAAAUCUCGACGGCAGUUCCUGGCGAUCGAGCGGGACAUGGCGCGCGAUUUGAAAUGGCCGCCGAUCUCCCCGGAACCGUUGCCGGAAGUGGCGCCGAAUUUGUUAAUACGGCAGAACGUCACCGAGAUCAAGAUCGAGAAACGGGUCACCGAACCGUGCCUUCCCGUCGACACCAGUUUCGUGAACAACUCGCCGAUUUGCGUCGGCUUCAAGCACUUCGGGUCCGCUCGAGAGGUCACCCUCAAUCCCAGAUCUCUCUUCGACGACUGCCGGAACACGGUGUCGAUGCAAACGGUGCCGUGCUUCGAGGACAAGGACUCGUCGCCGAAGCAAUCCGACGCGAAGAUCGCGACGGUGAAGCGGCGACACAACUCGGAGUCGGAGAACGGCAUUAAUCGUUACGAGAAGCCCUACAUGAAUCGUAAUACCAACCCUAUCGCCACACUUCCCAGGAACCCCAACGCGACCCUACAGCCGCAAAAGCUGAGAGACUUCAAGGACGUUCUGGUGCACAAGAGCGACGAUCGAGUGACGUCCAACGCUCAGAGCGUGCUCGAAUUAGAUAUUCUGCCGUCCUGAGGAACAAAGCGCUCGAGAAAUCGAUCGAAAGGUAGCUGAGUAUUUUGAGACCAACCGAACAGUUGAAUCGACUCGAUGUGAUUAUUUGAGAUCUUCAUUUUCAAGACCGACGCAUUUAGGAUAUCAGAGCGAUAAUUGCGUCAAUACGUAAGGUCGGAAAAUUUCGAAUCUUCGACGCGGCAAUUUUAUAUUUUGAAUGCAGGAUGCUCUUGUAAUUUCGAUCUCCGAUAAGCUCUCCUUCCAUCCGACAUUUGUGAUAACCAGAACGCAUAUUCGGAUAUCGGUCGCGAUGACGAUUAAUUUUAUAGUAGGAAACAAACGGAAUCCGGCUCGAAUUUCAUAUUCGAUUAAGCAAAUUCGAUUGCAUUUAGCCGGUAACGAUACCCGAUUCGAUGAUUAAUGACGUUACUUAAGCCAUAUAAUUAAAUAAGAGUAAAUCGGAUGUUAGAACAGCAUAAAGCUGUUUUUAGUCAUUACUUGCGAUCUCUAGUUAUUUAAAGUAGACUUGAUUAUUUCAUUACUCUUUCGUAGAGCAGCUCUUCGCGCUUAAAAAUAAUUAAUAUUUAAUAUGUACUUUAUUGCAUAUAUAUAUAUGUAAUUUAUAAUUAUUAUUUAAUUUCCCAAUCGUAAAACGUGUUCUCCAACUUCGGUUUAUUUAUAUUUAUCGACUCAGGCCAGGGUCCCUUUUGACCCACCCUCCUUCUCCCGUUCCUCUUUUCUCUCAUUCCUCCUUUCUCGACCUUCUUUGAAAAAGUAUUACUGUUAUUUAAAACCAAGAAAAUGUAAAAUAAAAUAUAUAUAUUGUAUAUUAUUGCGCAAAGAAGAUCGCGCUGGAGCGCAGUGUAUUGUCUUUUGGAGACGUAAAUGGUAACGUUCAUCGACUCUUAGAGCAAAGUGGAAACUUCGAGAGCAACUCAGCGUGAUAAUGUCUUUUUUUCAUUGCGAUUCAAACAAAUACUUAGGCCAACCUAAAACUGACUUAAUUCUUCAAAAUACGUUUAGCUGGGACGGAAAUUAACAUUAACCACCUGGCCGCUAUUCCCCGAGCACCUCAUUUUCCCAAUGCAUUUUUAUAUCCUCGAGUUUUAUUUGUAUUUAUUUAUGUAACAUGAUUGUAUAUAAAUAAUUUAAAACACGUGUAUAUGCGCGUUGCAUUUUACGGAAUGAUGAGAUUUGGAAAGUAAUUACGAAUAAUGAUAGAAAUUGAUUCGUUAUUGUUGUUGUUAAACAUUCAUCUCGGAAAAGUCAUUCCAACAAUUUGACUAAUUAAAUUAAAGGUGAUGUUGCAAAGGGUUUGGUGGCUAUCGAAAAAAAAAAUACCUAUUUAGGCAUAUUACAUUUAGCGAUGGAAUUAUCUUAAAUAUUAUGCGAUGUUAUAAAAUAGGCUUAAUCGAUAAGCGAUAGAUUAGAUAUUAAUCGCCAUUCGGAGCCAAUUAUCUAUUGUUAAAUAUUUACGUCAAAAUAAAAAAAAAUGUACUGUGUACUUACGAAUUAUGCGCAACGGAAAUAGGUACUUAAUCGCGUUGGUUUACUCGCGACGCUAUAGUUCGUGUUGAAAAGUAGCGGUUGUCAAAUAAAAUAUGUUUUUAAUGUA